AUGGGGCACGAUAAAAAUGAUCACGAUUGUCGGCUCAAUUAUUUAGGGAGCGCAAAAGGAAUGGAAACAGAUGCUGGCGUACAACUAAUUAACCACAGCAAUAUUUUAAAAGAAGCUAAACUACAAGUACGUGUAAUAAUUGGCGAUGAAGAUAGCUCGAUGAUAGCUGCCGUUAGAAAAGAUAAUCCAUACAUAUAUUUUUAUAAAUUAGUUGAUAGAAAUCAUAUGGUGAAAAAUUUUGGCAAAGUGUUAUAUGAAAUGCAAGAGAAUUAUAAACAAAUGAAAAAAAAAGGUGUAGUUCCUCAUAUUAAAAAAUGCUUUGCAUAUGCGGUUUCGCAAAAUAAAGGAAACAGUGAUAGACUAGCUAGAGAGCUCCGCAGAAUGCCGGAGCAUUUGUAUGGACGUCAUGAGAAUUGUGGUUUUUGGUGCAAAUACAAAGAAAAGCACACGAUACUACUUACAGAUGAAAAUUUAUAUACAAUGUUAGUAGACUUUUUUAAUAAGUAUGCGGCAAAUGCUGGGAAGUUCUCUGUGGCAGCCUCUAGUCAAGCAAAUGAAAGCUUUAAUAAUGUUAUUGCUCACAAGGCACACAAAAAUCAAUGUCUCAGAAGGAGUGAAGCUUGCGACUUCAGAGUUGGCAAUGGUGUAUGCGCCUGGAAUUAUGGCGAAAAAUGUAUGGCUAAAUUUCGAAUGAGAGUCAACUUGAGUGAAGGAUUAUAUACAUUGAAGUAUGCUACAACAGCAGACGGUAAACGCUUCACAAGAAAACAAACAAACACAUCUUCUAAAGCUAAGUUAAGGCGGGUUAUAUUAAAACAACAAAGAGAAUCGUUAAGAAAAAGUUUAGAGAAAAGCGAAGGUAUAACAUAUCAAGCUAAUUGCGGGAUGGAAAUAGAAAUUAAUUUGCCAGAGAAAAGCAACGCUGAUGCUAAGCCGCUAAUUGUAUAUUUUGAUUUAGAGACUACUGGUUUGGAUAUAAAUGCCGAAAUAGUACAAAUUGCUGCAAAAUGUGGAAAGUAUGAAUUUGAUUUUUACAUUAAUCCAACAAAAGAAAUUUCAAAGAGUGCUACCAAAUUUACAGGAUUGUCUAACGACGGUGGUAUGUUGUGUCUAAAUGGGAAGGCCGUUGAAAGUUCUAAUUUGAAAGAUGGUCUAUUGGCGUUCAAACAAUUUUUGGAAUCACUUUCAAAGUUCAAAAAGUGUUUGUUAGUUGCUCAUAAUGCUUCGUUUGAUACUCGGAUAUUAUUAAGAAAUUUGAUUAGUUGUAAUAUACUGCGGGACUUCGAUAUAAUUCAAGGCUUUUCAGACUCUCUUAAAGCUUUUAAAAAACUGAUUUCACAGAAAAAAGGCCCCGGACAGUUCACAUUACAUGGUUUAGCCACUGAAUAUUUAGCAAGUGAAGAUUUGCAAAAUUUUCAUGAUGCUGUCGGUGAUGUCCGAAUGUUGGAAAAAUUAGCAAGAUAUUUCAAUUGUAAAAAAUUACUUGUAGGUUUGAAACAAUCUUACUAUGAUUGCUGCAAUCGAAUCAUUGAAAAUAAUAAGAUCAACUCAAGAUUACAAUAUUUGAGAGAGUUGAAAGGUGUUAUAUCUAUAACAUAUUUAAAAAAGUUAGCUAAACAUAACAUUACUUAUAAACAAUUAGUUGAAUUAUAUAAAAAUGAAGGGUCCGAUGACAUCUAUAAAAUGUUUUGUGAAAAAGUAGGAGGAAAAGUGAAGAUCACCAAAGAUAUUAAGAUUUCCAUUGCAGUAGUCAAUUUUUUCGAGACUAAUUAA